GGCGCGUCGGCGCAUGUGCGGCGAGCGGCGCGGUGGCCCGCGAGGCGCGGGUUGUCAGUGAGCCGCGAGGAGCCGGCGCCGCGGGGCCAGCGUCUGUCCGCCCGCCGGUUCGCCUGCUGCGGGGCUGCGAGUCCGCCCUGCGCGCCGCUAACGGAGCAUCUCCGACCGCGCACCUGCCCCGCGCACCUGUCCGCCACCCUCCGCCAGGCCCCGCGCUGGGCUCCGCUCGCGCCAGCCGCCCAGGCACCGCGCGGGCCCCGGCCCGGCCCUGCCCCCGCGUCCGCCCCGCGCUGCAGCCGGGCGGGGCGCAGCGCUGCGGAGGCGAGGGCCGCGGGGCCGGGUCCGCGCGGCGCGGCGAUGAUGAACAGGUUCCGAAAGUGGCUGUACAAACCCAAGCUUCCACUCCGUUGCUUUCCUGAUAGUGAUGUCGCCUGAUGACUCCUCCCUGAGUGUCUGCUGUGCCCCAGUGGUCACCUGACCUCCAAAGCCAGAUGUUUCCUCCGUGAGCUUAGUUUUGUCUCCUUGCAACUGCGAAGACCUUCACCGCCCUGAACUGAUUUUGAGAGAACAUUGACACAGUGCGCCAAAAAGGACAUUCCCACCAAGUUCUAGAAUUACUCUCUUACCAUUCUUAUUCCAAAAUAGGAACGCCACUUAUAAAAAUACCUUCGUGGGAUCCAUCACUUUUACUGUGGGUUUCUCCUAAUCCUGGAAACUCAGAUCAAAGGGAAGAGGCCAUGCCUGCCUGAGGCCAGAGGGAGCAAGAGCAGGCUGACCUGUGAGGGAGCAGCUGAGGUCGGACCCGCAGCUGCUCGCCCAGUUCUACUAUGCGGACGAGGAGCUGAACCAGGUGGCCGCUGAGCUGGACAGUCUGGACGGGCGGAAGGACCCCCAGCGGUGCACACUGCUUGUCAGCCAGUUCCGCUCCUGCCAGGACAACGUGUUAAACAUCAUUAACCAGAUCAUGGACGUGUGCAUUCCCCAGGACCGGGCCCCGCGGGAUUUCUGUGUCAAGUUCCCUGAGGAAAUCCGGCACGACAACCUGGCAGGCCAGCUGUGGUUUGGUGCUGAGUGCCUGGCCGCUGGCUCCAUCAUCAUGAACCGUGAGCUGGAGAGCAUGGCCAUGCGCCCGCUGGCCAAGGAGCUGACCCGCAGCCUGGAGGACGUGCGGGGCGCUCUCCGAGACCAGGCGCUGCGCGACCUCCACACCUACACGGAGAAGAUGCGGGAGGCGCUGAGACACUUCGAUGUCCUGUUUGCUGAGUUCGAGCUGAGCUACGUCUCAGCCAUGGUGCCUGUGAAGUCCCCCAGGGAGUACUACGUGCAGCAGGAGGUCAUCGUGCUGUUCUGUGAGACCGUGGAGAGGGCCCUGGACUUCGGGUACCUGACCCAAGACAUGAUUGACGACUACGAACCGGCCCUCAUGUUCACCAUCCCCAGGUUGGCCAUUGUGUGUGGCCUCGUGGUCUAUGCAGAUGGACCUCUGAACUUGGACCGCAAGGCAGAAGACAUGUCCGAGCUAUUCCGGCCCUUCCACACGCUGCUGCGAAAAAUAAGGGACUUGCUGCAGACCCUGACAGAGGACGAGCUUCACACGCUGGAAAGGAACCUCUGCAUUUCCCAGGACGUGGAAUUCCCCAUCCGGGCAGACACCCCGGUACCCCCCGCCCUGACACCCGCCUUUCCCUCACCCCUACCCACCGAGGAGCUACUCUCAGCCAAGGCCAAGACCCCGGAGGCAGAGCUGGCCUGUUCCAUGCAGUACGACAGCCAGGAGCUAGAGCAGCUCGACCGCAUGGUCCACAGGGCAGGGGAUGAGAUGUCAUCCCUCCUCUCCCCGCCCAGCGCCUGCCAGUCCCCCGCACACCGGCCAGGGGUGGAGGGUAGCCCCCGUGGGGAGGCAUCCCCAGGCAGCGCUCGGCUGCGGCCGGGCAGCGACGAGGAAGAAGGAAGGGUAUUUUUCAUGGAUGACGUGGAGGGGGCUGCCGAGGCCCCAGGAGGCCCAUCUGGGUGGGCAGGCAGAGCCCGCGCUGAUCCCCAGGAGAGAGGGCCAGGUGGAGGGCACAGAGAGGCCAGAGGUAGCGGUCCCUCCGAGGCAGAGGAGGGGGACAUGAGCAAUAACAACGACGUCCCUCAUGACAAGAUGUGGGCGCUGGAUCCUAACUCCUGCAGCUGCCUGGAUGCGCAGCCGCACCUGGAUGGCUGGGAGGGGGGUGGGGACGCUGCGCAGACAGCAGAGAUGAUUGCCCACCGGACCGGGGGCAUGAAGCUCUCAGCUACUGUUAUCUUCAAUCCCAAGUCAACCCCUGCAGGGGGCUCUGCCGUCACCACCCCGGAAGCCUCUGAAGACGGCAUCUCCCUGCCGGGGCCUGUGGCCCAGGAGACACACAGUGGCUCCCACAAACUCAGUACUGCGGCCACCAGCUGCCUCCUUAACUCCUGCGUGUGUUGCGGGGCCUGCGGUGGCGGCAGGGAGGACAGCGCCGCCCAGAGUCUACAUGACAAGUGUGGCCCCAGAAGCGUCAUUAGCGCCUCUUACGUGGGCUCUGCCAAGGCCAGCGCCAAGGGCUCUACUGAGAGAUGGGAGGAGGCCCGGCCUGUGCCGGAGGCAUUGCCCUCAGAGGAUGCCUCUACUUCCAAGUGCCUGACACACACCUCGGGGCCUCUGCUGGACACAGUGGACAGGUCACCUGGAGCGGCCAAUGGUGCCAGUCCAAAAAGGGAGCCUCAGGCUGGACCGCCAGACUCAGGGCAGCCGUCGAAGGCCAGGGUGGAAAGUCAGCAGGGAGAGGUGGCCGAGGAGGAGCCUCAGCGCCUGUCGGACUCCAGGAUUGGGUAUCAGAGCAAAGCUGAGAUCCUGGGUGGCUCCACGGACCAGGCCGGGUUGGAGGCCGCCUCCUCGACCACAAGAGAGAAGAUCCGGUCCAGGUUCCAUGGCAGCCACGACCUCAUCCACCGCCUGUUUGUUUGCAUUUCAGGGGUGGCCGACCAGCUGCAGACGAACUAUGCCAGCGACCUGAGGAGUAUUCUCAAGACCCUUUUUGAGGUCAUGGCCACCAAGCCGGAAACAGAUGACAAGGAGAAGUUAAAGAAGGUCACCCAAAGCCUACGGAGUGCAGCCUUGGAGGACUGUGCCCUGUGCCAGGAGACCCUAUCAUCCUCUGAACUGGCCGCCAAGAGCAGAGAUGGGGACUUGGAAGAUCCACCGGAAUGGGUCCCCGACGAGGCGUGUGGCUUCUGCACAGCCUGCAAAGCGCCCUUCACUGUCAUCCGCCGGAAGCACCACUGUCGCAGCUGCGGGAAGAUCUUCUGCUCGCGCUGCUCCUCGCACUCAGCGCCGCUGCCACGCUAUGGGCAGGUGAAACCAGUGCGCGUGUGCACGCACUGCUACGUGUUCCACGUCACGCCCUUCUACAGCGACAGGGCGGCCAUCUGACUCGCCCCACAACUCGCAGCUGCCAGGGCCCUGCGACUCCCGAGUAGCCGCUGGCCGCACCGGGAUCGCUACGCACCUCUUCAAGCGCUGCCGCCACGGAGGUGCUGCUGGCCGCCCCGCGCCCCCGCCCCAUCCCCGCUGAUACCUGUGGGCCCCCAUUCUCCCCCCACACGGAGGGCCCACGUCAGGGGUCAGCAGGAGUUCCGGCAGUGGGGUGGCUGUCUGGGCGGGGGUGGGCACUCCGGUUCCCAGGCCCCGCCCCCAUCACUCCGAGAGGCUGCCACUGAGGCCCAGCCAUAGUAGAAGGCCCCUUCAGAGCUUGCCCUUGAUCAGGGAAAUGGGGUCACACCUGCGGCCAAAUCCUGGGCAGAUGGGGUGCACCUCUAGGAGAGGGGUCAGGUCUCAGCUCCCUGGGCACUUACCCUUCUUUCUCCCCACCUGGAGCCGGCAGCUGCCUCCUCACUCCCCAGUGCACCCGUCCCUGCUUCCCUUCCGAACCUUGGCCAAACAACAGACAUCUGGGUUAUUCUCAGAGGGGGAGGUACAGAUGCACAGCCAGCCCCUCUAGGCCCGCAGGCACCCACUGCCCUCGGGUGCCUGCCUGCUGAUGGGAUGGGGGGCAAACAGCCGCCUGCACAGCGCUGAGACCCAGGUCCCCAGGUUCUCAGGCCCCGGGCUCCCGGGGCAGAGGACAGCCGCCCACCCACUGCCACCACCCCCUUCCCUCUGUUCCCCCCACCCACCCCCGGAUCCCAGGCUGAGGCAGCCAGCCGCCCCGCACCAGACAGCUCAGGCUGAAACCUCAGGCUUCAUGUUGCAGUGACGGCUGCAGCUCUGUUUUUAGAGAGAUGGCACACGACUGCUUCUUUUAUAAGAAAAUCCAGCUACUGCGGCAUAGUGGGCGCACAUGCACAGAGACGGCUUCUUGGGUAUACAAUGGAGGGAAUAUUAUGUAUUGAGAUUAUUUUUAUUUUCUAAAUGCUGUAAUUCGAAGCCAUUUCCAUAAAUCUCUUUAAGGAUUGCAGACACUGGUUUCUGAUGUGAAUGCAGACUUCUUUUUCUGUCUGGGAGGCAAAGGUGUUCUUGCUAAUACACAUUCUCUCCUAGAAAGCUCGGGAUGUCUGCACUCUUGUGACGGAUGAAGGGCUCCCACCAGUCUUUAGGAAAGGGGUGGCCAGCCUGUCCCACUCCCCAAAAGCCCCAUCCCAUGCCCUGCCUAUUUGUCCAGCCCCUUGUCUCAUGUGUCCUCAGCUCUGACCGCUAGCCUGUAUGUUUGUGUCGGAGGGGGGCUUCUCCCCCCUGGUCCAGGGCUGGGCCACCUGUGCCUUCUGGAGUGCCCUGGGGAGAAUGCAGGCCGCCAGGCUGCACCCUGGGGUUGCCACGGCAAUGGUGUCUUCCUCUGCUUUUGGAGGCUAAUCCCUUGGGAACUGGGUGCCCAGUCCCUUGGAAUGGGGGAAUAGCUGGGAGGAACCCAGUGGCCACCAGAUCCACUUUCUUUCUGAGAGGUAAAAGAGUGUUUAGAAUUUGAAGUCUCCCUAGGAGCAGUCCUGAGUCUUUCAGGAGCAGAAUAGAAGGGGUAUCAGGCUGCCCACCUGGACAAAGUUCCUCCCACUCCUGUGGGUGGCUGUAGCUGAUGUUGCUGGCUGGACAGUGGUGCCUUCCGGAAGGUCAUGUGCUGGCAGGGGACGGGGAAGGCAGCCCGUGCUGCCACUGACCAGGAAGUCAGCCCCUUACAGGAGAAGCCUCUAUGGAGAGACCCUGUAGGGUCCCCAUUCCUCUCCUCAACAGGCACCCACAGUUGUCACCUUCCAGACUUAAGAUGUGACAGGCCCUCCUCAUCUGCCAGGUCAGGCUGGGAGGAGUGGAGACCCAGGAAAGAGGGUCUGCCUGCCCUUGGCACAGACAGGGCCGCUCUCCAAAGGGAGAGGCCUAGGCCCCAGGGACACAAGGGAGCUCUGCAUGUGGCCAGGAGCCAGGAGGCCCUGCAUGUCAGACUUGGCCUGCCUUUGUGCACCCCCACACCCGGCUGCCCUGCAGGGAGGUCUUGGACCACGGAAGCUGCCAGUGAGGGUAACUAGCUGUAGCGUUUGUUCAGGAAUGAAGACGGUACUGAAUCAUGAGACUUUCCAUGCUAAACCAGGGACGUAUGGUCACUCUACCCUUCUAGGGCUAGCCACACUCCAAGGGCAGAGCCAAGACAUGGUGGGCAGGGAUGAGUCCAACACAAGAGUUUUCCACUCAGGAAGGUUCUAGGAAUGGCCUGCUGCCUGCCACAAUAGGGGCUCAGGAUUGGGAAUCCCUGGGGGAAGGGACAGGGAGAGAGCCAAGAGCUCCAGGUUUGGAAUCAGCCUUGCAAGCUGGUCUUGGGCCUCGAGCACACUAGCCUUCCUUAGGCUCCCAUUCCCCUUUGUCACCAUUGCUGUGGUGUUCCCACUGCUGUUUUCUAAGCACUCUACUCCCCUCGACACUCCCCCUGACACUCCCCUGUGGGGCAGGAUCCCUCUGUCAGGUGGAGAAACUGAGGCUCAUAGAAGUUAGUAGGCGGUGGCCACAGCGGAAACAGAGUGCCCCAAGACAGCCCCACCCACUGUGCCUGAAGAGCCACUUCUAAAGGCCACUCUGGGGACAGGGGCACCACCAGUCUCAGAGCGCCCACCACACCCCUGUCUGGCAUCCAAAGGAAGGCUGGGGGGCUGCCAGGAAGCAGGCACACCUGGGUCUGUCUUGCCUGCCUCACCCCUCUCGGGCUCGCUCAGGCCCUGGGGAGAAGGCCUUGUAGGCUCCCCAACACCGCCACCGCUGGCUUCCUGGCAGCAGGCGGGGGCCCUCGGCCUGGCUGGGCCCCGCAGGUACUCAGGACCCGGAUGCAGCCUGCCGGUGACCGAGUCAGAGGAUGGACAAUCAGAACUGGGAGCACCCAGUGCUCUCUGUACCCACGGGACUUCAGGAAUCCCUAGAGCGGGGGAAGCCACCAUACUCAGCCUCGGGGCGGGUGGGUGGCCUGGGGGUGGGAAGAAAGGGGACACCCUGUCCACUCCUUCCUCCUCUUGCCAUAGGUUCAGCUUUGUCCAGAGCCCCCCCACCAACUCCCACACCCACACCCUGGCCUCUGGAGGGGCCCUGCUGCCCGCCCCCACUGGUGGCAUCUGUCCCCACAGACACGCCCAGAUACAGCCCACCUGUCUUCAGGCCUGGACCGCCUCUCCCAGACCACAGGUGGGCAGCCCCGGGCACCAGCUGUGUGGCCCUGGGGUGGGGUGGGAGCACCAAGAACAGGGCCAUUUAGAGUCCUGGAUGCUGAGGAAGGUGACGGGACAAUAUCUCCAGGAGGUCCCUGGCAGGAGUGGGAUGGGGCGCUCCCUUUCUCCUGGGGCUGACAGUGGGGCUAAAGAUGGGGCUCCCUCCAGGGUCCUCACUACAGACCAUGAUGGCCACCAGGGGGCGCCCAUCGCACAGCCUGCUCUUCCUGCAGGUCUAGCCUGGGGUGGGGCGGUGGGGUGGGCACUGUGGCCACUGGAAAGCUGCUUGCAGCGGCUAGGGGGCUGGGGGCCAGCAAGUACGACACACAGGACAAACCCCAUCUCAGAUCCGUCUGGGAGUGGGGAGGAGGCGUCCUGCUUGGAGCUGGACACCUCAAACCUCCAGGGCUGGGACUGGGGACUGAUAGUCCCUGCUCUUACGGUUCCCUGGACUCUGCAUUGGGAGCUGGGGGGAAGGUGAGCAGGACCCAAAGGGCCUGCCCCUGCUACUUCCCUGACCCAGAGUCCUGGAGGCGGUUAGCUCCUCAGAGGCCACUCCUCCAGGUGGCCCUCCCAGACAGCAGCAUCACACCCACCUCCCAGGCUCACACACAUCCUCAAAGCACAGCCUGGGGGCUCUUUGCAGUGGUCAGGGAAAAACUCUCAGGGCCUCUCCUGCAGAGAGGGGAGGGGCAGAGCCCAGCACCAAGCAGUUAAUCAAAGGGGACGUCACCCCGAAGACUUAAAAACACAAGCAUGGCUCUGUCUUCUGCUGCUGUGCUCAGGGCGCCCCAGGGCUAGAGUCUGCCCCAGAGCUGGGCCAAGAUGGGCACCCAGAUGCCCCAGACCUUCCCUGCCCUUGGGGCCUGCAGGUCCAGAGUAGGGACACGUGCACUGGUGAAGCUGGCUGGGCCUUGGGGGUGAGGGGGUAUCUGUGGAGAAUGGGGUGUCAGAAUGCCCCCGAGGGUGUGAGCAAUGGGGGUACUCCUGGCAAGGGCGGAGCACACACAGCAGCUCAACUGGGUCACUCCAGACACCAAAUUCCAGCUUUGUCCUGAGGGCACUGGGGAGUCAUGGGAGAGUUCUGAGCAGAGCAGGGCACAGUCAGAAUUGUGGUUGGGACACCUCACAGGGAGAUGGGUGGGUGGGACAGAGGCCAGGGUCCCAUCAGAGGUGAUAACACGCCUCCCAUCACACAGGGCCCUGCUGGGCUGUGUGGAUGGAGGUCUGGGAGGCCACAGUGUCCUCCAGAGGCAGCUUGGGCCACACUUGCCAGAGCCCAACCCUAUGAGUCUAGAAGCUGCUAGAAGACCUGGAGCCCAGGGGUGGGGGCUGGGGCUGGCUUUCCUGGGCUCAGACCCUCAGGGCCUCCAGCCUAAGACUAGAAGAUCUCCACCCUAAGACCAUGUGUAGCAGCCAGGUACAGUUUAGAAGGCCUGGAAGAUUUCCUGGAAGAGGUGGGGAACAAGCCAGAAAGGCCUAGGGCAGAGAACCCAAGAAUGUGGUACAGGGAGAGGGGUUUUUGGUGUGAGCCUCAAGGUUCCUACUGUUUGUGGGAGGGAGACCUGCCCAUCUAUUCCAGAUGUCUCCCUCAGACAACAGGGCUCACAGCCAUCAGGGGCCUGGGAGCAGCAGCAGGGCUAACCCCUGCCCCACCUGGGCCCGAAAACGGAUGAGGUCGCUGGCCCCGAGCCAUCAGUUUUCCACCCUCUGGCUCAACACCACAGCAAAUGCCUGGGUCUAUACCACAUCCCACCCUCAGACCUUUUUUUUUUUUCUCACUAUAAACUUUUAAAAAAUAUAUUGUUUUUGGAUAUCUUGGUUACAAAAAAAAAUUUCAUUUAAUUUACAAUUGUUUAAGUUAUCUAGGGUCAUCAAGCAUAGCGGGAAAACUUAUAAAGUGAACAAUCUAGUCCAAAGACUGUUCACAAAUACAAUAAACUAUUUUCUUAUUUUAAGUUUAAAAGUAACAUUGACAGGGGCGCCUGGGUGGCUCAGUGGGUUAA